AUUGCUUUAUUAUGCUCCACAUGUCUUCAAUUUCAAAUGUUGCAUGUGCUGAAGACAAUACAGGCAUGAUGAGUCCUCCACAAGACUCGAACCCCAAAUUGCCGCAUGGCUAUUGCGAUUUGAACCUACCUUACGAGCCCGUAUCCACCAUUCAGGCCCGUGUCAUUCGUGCCGUGGCUUUGGGGUACCAAACCUUGGCGAUCUCUGUCUCAGUUCAUCAAGAUGAGUUAACGUACAAAAAUCGCAAACACAAAGCGGCCAAAAAGGCCAAAUUGGAUCCAGACGAAUCCGAACAAAUGACAGACUUUCCCGAACCUCCUCGGAUUAUUGUCAAGCCCGAGGAUCAUGCAGGUUACCCUGCGCCCGUGAUUCUCACCCGUUUGAACCUGACCGUUAACGAUAACAACUUUCAACCUAUUUGGAACUCGUCUGAAACCGGCAAGAAGUAUGACUUAGUCGCGAUUUGUCCCACAUCCGCUCCGACUUUGACCAAUAUCCUCAAAUCGGCGUUUCGGGCGGACAUCGUGGCCUUUGAUCCUGAAAAUGUCCGGGACGUUCGAUGGAGUCGGAAAUUGUACAAUGAAUGUGUGUCCCAAUUAAUGUUCUUUGAGAUCAAUUACGCCCCUUGCAUUCGUGACACGUCCACCCGACGAACCACCAUUUCUCAGUCUCACAAUUACCACUUGUACGGCAAAUCCAAGGCCAUUUUCAUGUCUAGCGGGGCCACCAAUGUUUUGGAGAUGCGAGGACCUCAUGAUGUGGCCAAUUUGGGCUUUUUAUUCGGUCUGAAUGAACAUCAGGGCAAGUUGGCCGUCAAGGGCAUAGGCCAUCAGGUGGUUAAGACGGCCUUGGGUCGAAAAAUGGGACCUUUCCGGGCCUUGAUCCAAAAGGUGGACCAACUUCCGGAAGAAGAGCAAUGGAAAGUUCCAGAGGACGCUCAAGAUGAGUCUGAAGAGGAAGAAGGAGUUGAUAGUGAUGACCAGAGUGAGAGUAUGGAUGCUGCGAACACUAAAGAAGAUUUCAUUAAGCUGUGAUCAUUAAACAGGCCGGCUCUUAUUAUCUUAAACGCAAAGCACUUUGUUGCUACUUCAUCAUUGUUAUUAUUUGCUUUUCAGA